AUGGCUAAAUUAGACAUUAAAAUCCCUGACAUGGAGUUGCCCGACGGCAACAAGAUACCAUUCAUUGGAUACGGUCUGGGCACUGCAUGGUACAAGUCUAGCGCGGAUGCUCCAAAGGAUCAAGCCACAAUCGAUGCCACGAAAACCGCCAUCAAGGUCGGCUAUAGACAUAUCGAUGGAGCCGAAGUCUACAACACAGAGGUGGAACUAGGCGAGGCGAUCAAGGAGAGCAAAAUCCCUCGCGAUCAGCUGUACAUCACCACCAAAGUCAUCACACACAUCGACGACAUCCCUGGUGCCAUUGACCGCAGCCUGAAGAAAAUGGGCCUUGAUUACGUGGACCUGUACCUCAUCCAUGCGCCCUUCUUCGCCAAGGGGGACGAUAAGCUGCUCCAGCAAAAGUGGGCAGACAUGGAACAGGUCGCAGCCUCGGGCAAGGCCAAAAGCAUUGGGGUCAGCAACUUCCUCAAGCCUCACCUGGAUGCCAUUCUCCAGACAUGCAAAGUCCGACCGGCGAUCAACCAGAUCGAGUUCCAUCCCUACCUACAACACGGAGACCUGCUCGCUUAUCACAAGAACAAAGACAUCCGGGUUGCCGCCUAUGGCCCGCUUACACCGGUCACCAAGGCAAAAGGGGGCCCGAUUGACGGCUUGCUGGACUCGCUGGCUCAGAAAUAUGCGGUUAACCCUGGUGAAAUACUGUUGAGAUGGUGCAUCGACCAGAAUGUCCUGCCCAUUACCACUAGCUCGAAGGAACAACGCAUGAGCGACAUGUUGCGAGUCUUCACCUUUAAGUUGACUCCCAAGGAGGUCGAGGACAUUUCUGUGGAAGGGAACAAGAAGCAUUUUAGAGGAUUCUGGGGCCACAUUUUUGACGAGAACGACCGGUCAUGA